UCCCUGAUUGGCGCAAGGUCGGAUGACCUCGGGGAGGGAAGCCAGCCAUUGGCUCUUGCUUUUUGCGCUGGGCAUCGCUGUGGGCAGAGCCAUGGUGGAGAUGGUGGGUCCCACCAACCUGCUGGACUUCUGCAGCCAGAAGCUGUCGGAGUUCCUGGGCAAUGCCGAGCACAAGCAUUUGGCGUGGCUGCGGGAAAUCGAGGAGGAGGCGGUGAAGAUGUUUGAUAGCAACUUCAGUGCUGAGCCUGGACUGAUGCCCAAAACACCAUCACAGAAGAAACGGAGAAGGAAGAAAAGCUCUUUUUCUUUGAGGGAGGAGAACAAAGAAUUGUCCAGAAAAAGGUUAUCAAGAAGGAGAAGUAGUCUCAAGUUAACAUCUUCAAAGCAACCUUUACAAAGGCUCCAAAGCAAAGAGGGUCUGGAAAACUCAACUGAUGUAAGGGAAGGAGUAUCAACCCCCUGUAGCACAGCAAAGCUCCCAGCCUAUUCUGAAGCAAAGCUUUCUGUGCCAUCAGACGCAGUGGCUGUGAUGCAGCGAGCAGAAGGGCAGAUUCCCUUGACAGAAAUCAUCCCCAGUAAUCUCCUUGGGCAAGAAUUGUGUGUGAAAGCGGAGACACUUGAAACUACAAGUAGCACCCUGGGGGCCAUCUCAAAGGACUGGUCUCCUAAGAAGACUGGUGUUACUGAACUGCCCCCUAUAUCUGCAGGCCCCAUCUUAGUCAUUCCUGACCCAUCAGAAGCAAAUGAGGCUGAAGAAGCUGAAGUUGUAUCCAGCUUAAGAAUAGCAAAGACGUCCACUCCCAAAAGCAGUGGAAAUGGGAAGGUUGCAGCUAAGCAGAGGCCACCUCUUCAGGACCUAGAGAAGGAGUUUUAUCAGGACUUGAAAGACAGCACAAGGAUCUCCCCAAGCUCCAAACUGAGCCGUCGCUCAGGGCACCAAAGCUUGAUGAGGAGGUCCCACAAGAGCUGCAGGACCUCAUUGGCAGAGAAAUAUUCAUUGGCCGGCAAGAGAGAGAACAUGAUCCGUAAAUCUAUCAGCAGGGCCAUUUCAAAGAAGAAGGCAGCUCAGGAGUCAUCCUCAGCCUCCAGCAGAGUGAGUUGCCAUAGCUCCAUAGAUGUGUUCAUGGAAGAUGAUCCAACCAACAGUAUCAGGCCUGGACUGGGAUUGAAUGCUGAAUAUGAUGAGACUCCUGAAAACCAGCAGAAACCCUUCUUUACUGCAAAUGGAAGUGUACUAAGUAGCAGUCCUGUUGCAUUGCAAUCGCCUUGGCCAAAGAACCCUUUUUGGGAAGAGCAACAGGCAGGGAACAGUGAAGAGUGCUGCUCAAAUAAGACUGAAAAACCCCAGAGCAACAAAAGCAAGGAACAGUUCCAGAGUGCCAAGCCCCAGGAGGAGUCCCCACAGAUACGAACACGCAGUUAUAAGCACGCAGUGGAUAACCUGCAUGAUGGGCAGCAGCAUGUAGACAGUGACUUGUCACCUUCAAAUGACAAGAUUACGCAUUCUCCUAUUCUUUCUUCCUCUUCAGCUAGCAAGGUCAUCUGUCCAUUGAAAAGCUUCCUACAGACAGUGCAGAAGAACCAGCUGCUCGCAACCCCAGAGUCUGUAGGGCGCAAUAGUAUCAUGAAAAACUUUAUCAGGCGCAAUACUCCCACCCGACCUGAUCCGAAGGAGAAGGAACGGCAGCGGCUGGAGAGUCUGAGGAAGAAGGAAGAGGCUGAGCUACAGAGAAAACAGAAGGUGGAGGAGGAGAAGAGACGGCGAUUGGAAGAAAUGAAACUGAAGCGUGAGGAGCGUCUGAGAAAGGCACUGCUGGCACGGGAGCGAGUGGAACAGAUAGAGGAGGAGAAGAAAAAGAGGAGGGAACAGAAACUCUUUCAUACUGAUGAGAAGGUGCGAGAAGAGAAGGUGGUAGAAGAAAAGACUAAGAAAAAACUAGGCAAGAAGACUGGAGAAGCUGAAGCCCGAAAGCAGAAAGUGCUGCAGAUGGAGGAAGAUGAGUAUAAGCAUCAGGAGCUCUUGCAAAAAAGAGCAGAGGAUGAACAGAGAGAAAAAGGAAAGGUGGUCUUGGAGCUGAAGAAACUAGCUGAACAACGACAGGUGGAACAAGCAGAGGAGAGGGAUUGUGUACAGCAAGGGAAGGCCCUUCAUCCACAGAUGCAGCUGGCAGUGCUUGCACAGGAAGAGGAAGAAAACCAAAGGAAGGAGGAAAAGAGCCCACAAGAGCUGGAACAGCAGCAGUGGCAGGAGAAGAAAAUCGAGCAACCAGGAUCGAUUGUCGUUGCUUCCACUAAGUUGCUAAACGUAGUGAUGAAGACCUCUGCCUCCAGCUCUUGCCGAGGGCCAGCUAAGGGCCCAAAAGAAUCCAAGUUCCCCAAGGUAAAUCCAAAUAAUUAUGGGAUGGAUCUGAACAGCGAUGACUCCACAGAUGAUGAAAGCCAGCCCCGUAAGCCCAUCCCCACCUGGGCCAAUGGGUCUCAGCUUAAUCAAGCUGUUACGUACCAGUACUACAACCCUCCAAAUACUGACUUGCUCUUUGGAGUUAUUGCAAGCCCCAAACUGGAGGACAUUUUCUACAAGAACAAGCCACGGUACUUCAAACGUACAAGCUCUGCUGUCUGGCAUUCUCCACCCCUUCCUGGUAACAAACCCACUUUUGGCCUGUCCUACAGCUUCAAAAACUGAGGAUGAGAAAAAUGUCCAUCACACUGCAGUUUGGCACUUCAGUCUGUCAUCUUUUUUGGGGUUUUUUUUCUAAUACUGAGAUUUUUCUAAUACUGAAAACUUCAAUUACUUUGGAUAGGUAUGUUUUUAUAGAUAAAGGCUUUAAAUAAAACGUUCUAGUUUAGUAAAUAAGCAGGACCAUUCUUGCUGUCUGGAAUUGUGCUCUAAGGGGAAGGAUACAGGCUUACUGAUUUAAAAACAACACUACCUGUUCUUAAUAAUGUGACCACUCUUUUGGUUCUUUUUUGUACCCUAUCCCCUUUCAUGUUUCAUGUGUUGCUGCCAGAUUCUGCUAGUCCUCUCUAAUUAGUGUACUUUGAGAGACAUUUGUAGAACCAACAUCCAUGGGAAGCGCAGCCAUCAAAGGAAGAGCUGAUACCUUUGUCACAGUUUGUGUCCUUGAGAUACCUGAAUCAUCCAAAUAACUUUACCUAGGAUUUUUAUGUGGAGGAGAAUCUCUUUUAAAAGAGUGUGACUUGCUAUGCCUGUGUGGCUCAUGCUGUACAUUCGCUCCUCUACACAGUGUGGUCUCUAUUACUGUGAUCUGAAAUUUGAUUUUUGUCUUGGUCAAAACAGAACUUUCUAUCCUGUUUCAUGUGCUUGAAUUAAACUUGUCACCAUUCUGACUUUUUUUUUUUUAAAUAUCUAAAUCUACUUCUAGAUGUUUCUUUGCUGCAAGUGCUUCUGAGAUCAGUGCAGUCAUCCCAGACAGGAGAAAUGUCUCCUGCAGAAGCCGUGGACUGAACAAAUGACAUCUACAGGCUUGUUUAUUUAAUGCCUCUUAGUUGUAUACCAAAAGGAGAUGUUCCAGCUGUGUCUAGUCAGACUGAGGGAAAGGGAGAUUCUGUACAGUCCUUCAAGGAUUUUAAUUUUACUCACUGCUCUUUUCAGCUAAUAGUCCACCUUGACUUUUCCUUUUGUCAGCUGUGCAGUGGCUGAACCUAGUUCUCUAGACAACUUGCCCAGGAAGCUGUGGCUGAAGAGGCUCUAUAGUUGGAUGGUAUAAAAGAGCAGAACUGUGCUUUUCUGAAUAUACCUGAGCUUUCAAAAGCCUUACACUGUAGAUCUCUACAUCUCUUCAUUGGCAGGUUGUUAAACAAAGCAGUUGCUCUGCAACACACAGUUCUGUGUCUACUACCUUCUACAGCUGCUGUGCCCAGGAGGAGAAAAGCCUGUUCCCAAUAAGAUUAUUUUGUUUGGGGUUUUUGUACGAUUCCCUUAGGUCUGUUCCUGACAUUGUUGAAGCUGUUCUUGGGAAUCAGACAUGGAGUAACUGUCUCUUUGUAUAAUUUCUUCCACAUUUAAGUUGGAGCAGGUGAAAAUGAAAUAGUUUGGAACAGUUCAUGCCUGACAAACACUCCUAUCUCUGCAAGCAUCCUCCCUCGGUGCAUGUUUCAGUCAGCCCCUGUGCUGGGGUGAGGUAACUUAAGUAGAGUUGGAAACUGUCAAGCUGGAUUUCUGUAUGUGCUUUGGAAGCUUUUCAAGCUGUCAGCUUGGAUUUGAGCUAGGUGAAUAGCAGAACCAGAAGGAAAGGAAGGGCUUCACUGAUUAGUGUUGCUUUCUUGUUACAGAGGUACAUUGACAGGUGGAUCAGAGGCACCCUUCUUCACCAGCUUUCUGAGAGGACUGGUUGUGCUCUUCAUUAACUCACCCUUUGACAGAAGAAUAGAAGAAGUUAAAAUACAGGAAACCCCCGUUUUACAUGUGUUUGACUUACCCAUGUCUCACGUUUAUGUGAAUUAAUAUUAACACCCAAACAGAAAAAACACCCCGAGAUGCAUGUCACUCGCAUGUAUACACGAACACCUUGCAAGAUGCGCAGAUUGAGUCAAAUGGAGUUAUGUGCAGCUUGGGUUUCCAAGCAGGAUUCUGGGGGCUCACUCAGUCUCAGUGUCGCCAUUGUGGUAGCAGCAUUCAUUAAGUGUUCAAGAUGAGUGCUUCUAAUAGCAAUUCUACAAGUGCUUCCGCCUCUACAAGGAAAAGAAAAGCUAUAACUUUGGAAGAAAAACUUGAAGUUGUGAGGAGAUAUGAAAAAGGUGAGAAGACAAAGGAAAUUAGGUGUGCUACAGGGCAAUUAGGGACAAUGCGGAGAAACUUAAGGAGUCCUGUAAGAGUACUACACAUUUAUCUGCUGCCCAUGUUUCAUUAGCAAGGUUGGCUAUCACGGAGAAAAUGGAACACAAGUUGACAACAUGGAUUGAGCACCAGAAUCAAGAACACGUGCUGUUUUCGACCCAGGUGAUUCAAACAAAGGCAUGCAGCAUUUAUGAAGUGUUAAAACAUGAUGAUCCUGAAGCCAAGCCAUUUAAUGCAAGUGCCUGAUGGUUUGAUAGAUUUAAAGCAUGGCAUGGAUGUCAUAAUCUCAAACUGAUGGGCAAAGCAGCAGCUGCUGCUAAGUGCUGCAGAUAAAUUUCCUUCAAUUCUACAGAUUGCCAUUGAGGAAGGAACCUACGAUCCGAGGCAAGUUUUCAACUUGGACAAAACCAGACUCUUCAGGAAAUGGAUUCUGAGUCGAAUGUUUAUCUCAGUCAAGGAGAAAACCGCCCUAGGGUUCAUGGCCGUGAAGGAUCGCAGCACACUGCUGCUCGGAGUGAACACAGCUGGCGACUUCAAGCUCAAACGGUUGAUGGUUUACCAUAUCGAAAACCCUCGGGCGCUUAAGGUUUAUGCAAAAGGACAUCUGCCUGUUUAUUGGAGAGCCAACCAGAAAGGAUGGGUUGCUGGAUCGUUGUUUGAAGGUUAUUUUUCCAGUCUGCUGCAUUUGGAAUUGAGGGCUUAUUGUGACAGGCAAAAUCUGCCUUUCAAAAUUCUACUGCUUCUUGAUAAUGCUCCAGGACCCCCCCCCCCCCCCCCCGAGCCUUGGUGACCUCAGUGAGAACAUUAAGGUGCUGUUCUUGCCACCAAGUACAACAUCGCUGAUCCAGUACAUGGAUCAGGCCGUUAUUCAAGCUUUCAAGAGCUAUUAUCUAUGGAGGACCUUCAAGAAGCUUAUCAAUGAGACAGAGUCGAAGGAAAAGACAAAUGUCAAAGAAUUUUGAAAGAAAUUUAACAUCAAGAGGGCCAUAAACAUCAUCAGAGAUGCCUGGAAUAAUGUUAUGCAGCAGUGCCUUAAUAGUGUCUGAAAAAAUAUCUGGCCUGCUGUUGUGAAUGAUUUCUGAGGCUUUGCUGUGCGUUUCUUAUAAUGUAACUGAAUGAAUAUGUUUAUAAUAUGCUUUUGUAACAUAAUAAAGUACUGGUUGAGAGAGGG